CGGGGCCCGAGGAGAAAGGGACGGUCCUUACGAGCCGUACCCGCCAGAGGUCGUGACCAGAAUGAACCGGAUAGCUACGGUCAUGAUCUCGGGCGGGUACGAGACUGAAUGUUGCCAGGUAUACUCGAUUUGUCGUCGUAACACUUUUGCAAGGGAGUUGAAAAAAUUAGGAUUCGAGAAAAUUCAUAACUCAAGCGAUGUAGAAAAGAUGGAUUCAGAUUCGCUAGAAGAUGAGAUCACGAAAUGGCUGAGAGCAACAAAAAGUUGCUCUCAGAUCCUUUUCAUAGGAGAAAGACGGCUAGUAGAAGCCGCCUUCUCUGACCAUCCCAUGAUCUCUGGGAGCCUAUUCAACAACUUGGCUCGAGCCGUGGUCAUUCAGCUUCUAGACUUUGCUGACGUGGUAGCCCAGACCAAGCGUUCUCCGGAAGAAUUGUUCAAAUUCCUUGAAAUGUACGAAACGGUACGGGGCCUAAUCCCGGCGAUUCGGGACGGAUGCUCGGACGAGUCCGACCACGAGAUCACGUCGGAGAUUCUCGCCGCCGGGGACCGGAUCGGUGAGGCAUCCGUCAAAAUCUUCUCCGAUUUCGACACAUCCAUUAAAAACGACGUCGCUCGGAACCAGGUGCCGGGCGGCGCGGUUCACCCGCUCACCCGUUACGUGAUGAAUUACCUGAUAAACGCGUGCGAUUUCAAGCCCGCGCUCGAGCAAAUGUUCAGAAAGCACGCCGGCGACGGAGGCGAAAUUUCGCCGUUUUCGGCUCAGCUGCGGAACACGAUGGAGCUUUUAGACGCGAAUCUGGAAGCCAAAUCGAAUCUGUACAAGGACAAUUCCCUCCGGCUCAUAUUCCACAUGAACAACGGCCGAUACAUAUUGCAGAAAAUCAAAGGCUCGCCGGAGAUACGCGAAGCUAUUGGCGACGCCGUCUACCGGAGGCGGUCUACUGAUGUCCGGCAAUUCCAUAAGAACUACCAAAGAGAAACAUGGGGGAAGGUGUUGCAAAUUCUAAAGCACGAUGGGCUAGUGCAAAACGGAGGGAAGGUGAACAAGGAGGCAUUGAAGGAGAGGUUCAAGAACUUCAGCAAUACCAUGGAAGAAAUACACAAAACGCAGAGCAGCUGGGUGGUAAAUGACGAGCAGCUGCAGUCAGAGCUCCGAGUCUCGAUCUCCGGCGUCAUCAUUCCUGCGUACCGCUCCUUUUUGGGGAAGUUUAAACAUCAUCUUGAUGGGUCAAAGCAUGUUGAUAGAACAACUGAAACGCAAGAGAUUACAGCAAUGGUGAGAUCAUCAUACGCCCCAUUCGGAAACUUCUUCCAUCACGGCUACCCGCCGCCGGCGAACAGCUACCCCAUCCACGAUGUCCAGCACAAGCCGAUGGAGGUCGCGCCGAAGCAUCCCAUCCACGAGGUUCAACAGAGGCCGAAGGUCGUUCAGAUCCCUGUUCGAUUCGUCGGAUCGGAGCCCUCGGAAUCCACCCGAUCCGCUUCCGCGCUGAAGAUCCAGAAGGUCCUCCGGGGGUUUCUGGUGCGGAGGAGCAUGAAUCGGAUAAUUUCCGUCCGGCGGGAGGUGGAGGAGAUCGAUCGGGUGGUUUCGCAGCGGGAGACGGUGGAGCUGCUGAGGAAGGACGAGAGGGAGAGGAUCCGCUUGAACGAGAUGCUAAUGUCUCUCCUCUUCAAACUGGAUUCCGUUCGCGGGAUCUAUUCUGGAAUUAGGGAUUGCAGGAAGUCUGUGACCAGGAAGGCCAUCGCGUUACAGGAGAGGAUCGACGCCAUUGUUAGCUCCAACCCUCGAACCCUAACUGAUGGUGCCGAUGAGGAUGGCGAUGGAAACAACGAAGAAGCUGUUAUGGUAUGCGACUCUCCUGAUUCUCAGAUUUCCGAAUCCAUUGAUCGAACCACACGCACCAGCGAUUCGUCUGAGAAUGAGCUGCAAACUGAUCAAUCUGACAAUUCUGCUCAAUUUCAUGUAGCAGAUCAAUCCGGAGACAUUCCUGUAGAAGAAAAUUCCCCUGUUAAUGAAGAGAAACCCGAUUUUGAGAAUGAUGAAUCAAACGAAGGGCAAUUGGCCGGAGGAUUUGUUCCUGAGUCCACCAGCCCAGGGACUCAUGAAGAAGGUGUACAGCUAGAUGCGACAGAGACUGGGAAGGGGAGAGAUGAAGACAAGAAAAGCAGAGAAAUACUGGAGAGGAUAAUGGAGGAGAAUGGGAAGAUGAUGAGUUUGAUGACACAGUUGUCUGAGAGGAAUGAAACGCAGAUGUUAAUGCUUGACGCCCUAACACAGCGGGUGGAGCACCUGGAAAAAGCUUUCAUGUGUGAUAAGAUGAGAAGGAAGAAGAUGAAGAAGAAACACUCUCCUCUUUGAUUUGUUAAUGAUGUGAUGUCAUUAAGCUUUCUAUAUUAUUUCAUUUUUUAUCAAUCUUCUGGGUUCAUCAGCAUGUUUUUGUUCUAAAAGUGCUAUUUUAAAUAUGGAGAUCUUCUGGGUUCAUCAGCAUAGUCUUUGAUGGUUUAAGAAAUUUUUGGGACUUUU